AUGGCACCUCAACGAAAACGCGAAAAUCGCGAGAAUAUCUUCUACGAUGUGGGCGUACAGGGAAGAAAGACGGGCAUAACACUUGCAGAUCGCGGUGUGUACGAUGAGCAUGGUCUCGAAGCGCUCUCUGGUGUCUUCUCGUCGCCGGAAAAGUCCCCGCCUAAGCGUAGCGGGACUGUGACCGCGUCUGAAUCUAUGGAUAUCCAGGAGAGCUCUAUCCCAGAAUUCACCACAGCCCACCAGAUUCUGCGCAACCCGCGAACACAUCUUCCUCCGCCCAGAUCGCGGUCGCCAAAGAAAACUGCGCUUGGUUCGUCGCCGCGCCGACAGUCGUCCAUGGCACCGAGGGGCAGCUCAGUCGGCCUUUCCAGUCCUAUUCGCCCUGCAAACCUUCCCAUCGCCCGACGGCUCGAUUUCGAACAGGACGAAUCCAGCCUACAGGACAACUCAGCGUUCAACGGAUCUGGCGCGCGCCGAGCGAAGCGCAACGGCGUUUCUUCUGUAUACGAUAUCCCCGAAGAUGAAGGCUCACCACUUCCCGAGGAAGGCGAUAUGCUAGAAGAGAGCAUGGUGCAGGAGGAGAUUGCAGCGAAUGAAAACUCGGAAGUCAUGGAAGUUAUGGAAGAAGAGAGCUUCGCUGCCCACGUUGGAGAUGAUGCGACCACUGGAGUGGAAGUCACAGAGAAUCUGAUAGAGGAUCUAAUAGUCACAGAAGAAGCCGAGGAAGCGCCUGAACCUGUCCAACAACCAAGCAAGAGGGGUCGAAAGCGGAAAAGCGAUGCCCUUGAACCCACUGAACAGGCGAAUGACUCAGCCUCAUUACAAAAGAGGGGUGCUGCUUCAGCGCAAGCUUCAGAUGUGCAGAAGAAGGGGAAGAAAGGUGCAUCCGCUACAGCUCCGCAGCCACGGCGAUCUCAGCGCGUUUCGGACAUGUCUGAGUUGGAACCGAGCGUCACGGAAGCUCCAGCUGAUAUCUCCAUGGAAGCAGCUGAGCAAACUAACGAGCCAGCGCCUGUUGUAAAGCGCAGAGGUCGACCUCCACGUGCUCAGCCAGCCUUUGAAAAACAGCCUGAUGGCCAAGGAGCCGCUUCAAAGACCUCCGCCGCCAAGCAAAAAUCAGAAGAUGGAUUCAAAAAGCCUACGAAGCCUACGCAAAAACCGAAAGCCACUGAAGAGCCAAAGAAGAAAGUGGGCGCGCAGAAGAAAGAUAAAACUACACAAGAACAAGCGAAGGAGAAGACUGCUCAAAAUAAUGAUGGGACUGGCAAGCUGGUGAACGCAUGGGGCAACCCUCUUAGCAAAAAAGACGUGGAACAGAUGUCCACAGCAUCGGCAGGUUCAAGAUAUGGGCGUGGCAGGCAUCUUUCAGUCUUUCGCGAACUUGAUCCUCAGGCUGUGGCUCGUGUGGGGCGAACAGGCAGACACCGAGUUGCUCCCAUCGACUUCUGGAAGAACGAGAGCAUCAACUACGACGUUGACGGCAGUAUGACGGCCAUCGUAAAGAACCAAGAUCCCGAGCCCGAGCGAAAGAGAUCGAGCUACCGUACAGGCACGAAGGCGAAGAAGCGGACUUUGACUUCUGUCGAGGAAGAAGAAGUCGAAUUAGAGCCAUGGGAAAGGGAGGAUGGAGUUCUGUUUGGUAACUACAAAGACUACGACCCGAUCACAGAGCUUACAAAGCCAAAUGUUGAGGAAGGAAUCAUUGCAUGGUCUGAGAAAGGCAUUGACCCAAUUGAAGUCGCAGACGGCUCCUUCAAGUACCGAAAGAUGGAUUCAGCUGGCUACUUCUUCAACUGGGGCAUGCUUGAGCUUGCGGCAGAUCAGAUGAAGCGCACAAAGAACUCGCGGAUGAUGCACAUGCUGUUCAACGUGCAAUAUGGGACAGUCGAAGUCAAAGUACAUGUGAACGAGUUUGUUGUUCACAAGGGUGGCAUCUGGCAAGUUCCUCGAGGCAACACAUAUAGCAUCAGGAACGUUGGCAGCGGGACGGCACGCAUCUUCUUUGCACAGGCGCGUGAGGCAGAGGUCCAAGACGACGAGGACGAGGGACAAGCUGCCGGGAGGACUUGA